GAUCGCAGUGCAAAGACAAUAUUUCUUACCUGAUCAGAUGUUUUGUUGUCAGAUAUACACCUCCAUUUAUUUAUUUUUGUAAAUAGAUAUUCAGUUAUAACUUUUAACAGUGCUGAAGUACUCCACCAUUCGGACAGUGAUUCCUGUGGAUUUCCCCCCGUCACAGAAUGUCAUUGGAAUAUCAGUGUUUUUCUUUGCAAUUGCAGACGUCGUCCACAGAUGUUAGCCCCACCUCCACGCCCUGUGGGACGCCACUCGGCGGCGCACCCAAGUAUGGCACAGUGAUACCAAACAGAAUAUUUGUUGGAGGCAUAGCAGCUAAUACAACAGAACAAGAGCUCAAACAGUUUUUCUCAGCAUACGGGGCAGUCAAAGAUUCCAAAAUCAUUGCCGAUAGGGCAGGAGUUUCCAAGGGUUAUGGUUUCAUUACGUUUGAAAAUCAAGAAGACGCAGACCGCAUAAUCAAGAAAGAGGUAAAUGUAGAGUCCGACAACUUGGUGUUCCGUGACCGAAAACUAAACAUCGGGCCAGCAAUACGGAAACAGCAAGUUUUGCCCAGGGCAUUUGAGUCGCCAGUGUCACCGGGGGCAGUGAUGUUCUCCAAUGGUGUACCAUAUACGUAUCAGAAUGGAAUGGCAGUGUUUGCCUCUCCGGAGGCUGGCUAUGCUGCAGCUGUACAGCAGGCUCAAGCUCAGGCUCAUGCUCAGUCGCAGGCAGCACUGAUGGCAGUACCACAGACCCCUCCCAUCUAUGUUCAGCCACAAUACACAUAUCAGAUGCCCCUCUCCUACACAAACCAGCUCCAGUCUUUACAGACAUCACCACAGUGGGCAACAACAGCGGCGGCGGCGGCAGCAGCUACUGGCGGCCAAUGGAGAUACAUGACUCAGAGUCCCACUACUGCACUGACAGCCACCGCCAAUCCCUACAUGAUAGCCAUGCAGCCCGACAUGAUGUAUGCUCAAUUUCCCCAAGCUUAUGGUGGUACUGAGCUAGCAGAACUCGAUGGUGCAGCUGGGGUUGAGGGCAGCAUCUUACCAGUGGAGGAAAAAUUGCCAGUCAGCAAGUCAACCCGCGGCUAUGCUACUGAAUGCAGCCUAGGUUCAACCAUGGGGCCCACAACUGUUGGUUGUGUAUCGAGUGUAUCUGCCCCACUUGUCUCCCUAAUGGAGACAUUUCAGACUCAAAACCCUGUGCCAGUAACCAGCACUGCAGUGUCCAGUGCUACCAUGCUUGCUAACCUCUCCACUGUGCCUGUAGUAAACACCAGUAUGCAGAAUGCUGCCGUAACACAGACUAUCAGUUCCUCGCCACCUGCAGCCACCACCCUUACUUCAAAACUGAUGCACUCAGUGUGUAAUGUGAAUGUUACUCCUUACAAGAAACCUGUUGCAAGUCUGGCAAGGAGGCCAACAUACACCACUCCUACAUUUCUAAUCAGAAACGGUCACAAAGUUCAGUGUGUGAUGGUGCCACCUAAGACCCUAACAUCCACUGGUCACCAUGCAUUAUUGCCCCACCCACCUCAAUCUGAUACCACUCCAGCAUCUGGGGUCUACUGACUGAAUUAACACGAUUCAUCUGUUCUGUUGUUAAAUUAAGUGCUAAAAUCCAUGUUCAAUUCAUGUUUAGUUGACUGUUAGCUUGAUGAGAUUUCUGUUAAAUUAUUAUUUAAAGUGCUAAAAGCAUUAUUUAUCAAGGGUGGUGGUUUUGUACCUUUGUUUUUCUUGAUCAGUGUGAUUUCUGUGUAUGGUAACUUGGGUAUAGUGAACAAUUGUAGUUCUCAAUGUGAAAAUUAACACACUGGGGUGCAUGUUAGUGGUGCAGAGUUGACUUGUCAUUUUCACACUUUGUCUGUUUUAUAUUUUGUACCAUGUGCUUUUUGUCUUUGACAUUCUUAUAACCGUAUGAUUAUCUUAAAAAGCUGUUUUACACAUGAUUGGGUGCUUGAUUGGUGAAAUUUUACAAUCCAUUUAUAUGAUUUAUAUAACUUCCUAAUUAUACCAAAUUUAUGCAUCAUUUUCUUUCAUUUAAUUUCAUUUUAAAUCAUUAUUUAGAUGGGAAGCUAAGCAGCAGUAUUGUAUGCAUUUUAAUCUUUGAACUAAUAUGCAUGAUUAAUUAUUGGCUAUUAUACAGGUAUAAUUCAAUUUGAAUGUAUGUACUUUGUGGUAUACUUUGUUGAUGCAUAUUUGAUCCUUUUGAUAAGAGUUAUUUAAUGUUGUAUUUUUCAUCUAUACCAUUAUAUACAAUUUGUUUCUUUUAUUAGAGAAUGUUGUAGACAAUUCUUGGAUACAUUUAAGGAUUUUUAGUAUUGAUUGGCAAGUAUUUCAGAACAAAAGUAUUUAAAGUUGUUAAUUCAGGUCUUAAUGGCAUUUUUUAUAAUGUCGGGCUGUAUUUUGUGGCCAUCAUUAAAAUUUUUAAAAAAGGACCCGGCUGAAACAAGUUUUUUUUGUAAUUAAAACAAUGAAGAAAGUAUUGGCUUUUGUAAGAUCAUAAUUAUAUGAAUUAAAAAGGAUUCAAUUUCUAAUUCAUGAAUUAUUGGAUGUACAAGAGGUUUUGAAGUACAUAUGAUGUACACUGCUAUACAUGUUAACCAGCUACUCUUUAAUAAUGUUGAAAAUGGGUACUAAGUAUUUUGCUACUGUUAAUUAUACAUUGUCAAUUCUUUAUUUUGUUCUGUGCAACAAAGUGCUCAAUGAAAACAUUUCAUAUAUGCAAGAUUUGUAUUAUAUGCAACACUUACAAGUAUAAAAGCGUUCAUAGUAUGUUUCGAUGACAAAAUUUAAUGUAGUGUGAGUGGCGAGUGGUACGAGAGUAAUCAUUAAUUCCUUAAGACUGUAUUUUUGUGAGGUCAUAAAAUGUCUCAAAUAAUUGUGCUGAUAUUGUAAAAUGUUUCUAGUCAUAAUAAAUCACAGAAUCACUUUAAA